AUGAUGGAUACCGGCGUUUCGAUUUCUGUCAAUUUACUUUCCAACGUAGUAUAUAAAGCAACUAAUAUUAAUCGAACAUUUUCCAACUUCAGCUGUGCACAAUGUGCAUGUGCUGCUUUACUGGACGCUGCUAGUGGAUGGAAUUGUAUCACAAACAAUAGUACAUGUCAAGUAAUCAAAAAUUAUUCUUCUACCGAUGAUGGCUUAAUGAUAUUAUCUAACGCAAGUUUUUUCUACCUGCAACUCCCACCGCAGGCAGCGUAUACAAAAAAUGUAACAACAGUCUCAACAACAACAACAACAACAACAACAACAACGGUAACAAUGACAUUUCCAUCAUGUACGACGAUUCCUGCAAGUAAUCUGUUGCAAAUGAAUGGCGCAACUCCAUGGACUCUCUUUUCAUUCAAUUACACAGCAGUGACCUCAGGACCUACGCUCAUGUUUGGGUUCAAAAAUGGUCCAGCAGAUACAAACUACUUGGACGAUGUAUCUGUCGUACUUGCUAGUGCGCCUCUUAUUCAACUGUUGCAGAAUCCUGCCUUCGAAAACUCAUCAUCAACACCAACUGGUUGGAUAACAUCGUGUCAAUCAGGAUGUGGUGCUGGAAAUCAAGGUCAAAUAACAAGCAGUAGCUGCUAUUCUGGUAACUGUUACAUUGAUCGUUGCCAAAAUCCUAAUUAUGAUUUUCUCGCUCAAUCCUUUCCGGCCACAAUUGUAUCGUCGUAUCUUCUUUCGAAAAUUCUUAUCUCGAAUAUAAAAAAGAUACUAAUUAUGCCACUCUAUGUUAUUGAACAUCCAAAGGUACUACUAACCAAGCAACAAAAGGAGAGAGUAUGCAAAGAAAUCACACACAUUCAUUGCACUGUAACUGGUGCUUUACCUGCACUUGUCAACGUUGUAUUUCAUUCAACUGAUGAUAACGUUGAAUUCAUCAAUAAUAAACCUCGCCAUAAAGCACGAAUUAUUGGUCAUAUCCGAGCUGGUCGAUCGGCCGAGUCAAAGGAAUCUUUGAUUUCUCAAAUAAAUAAUGCAUGGAUGACGAUUGUGGGUGAACGUUGCCAUCUUAUCGGCGUAAACGAUGUAAAUCCCGAAAAUGCUGCUGAAGAUGGUAUCAUGCUUCCUGCAGCAGGAGAAGAAAUGGAAUGGCUAGAGAGAAAUGAGAAGAUCUUUGAAGAGCGCGCCGAGAAAGGCGAGGAAACUUCACGAGAUUUUCUAGCUGAUCUAAAGGCCAUGCAAUCGAAAUUGUAA